AUGAAGAAGAACAAUCAUGAUGAUGAUGAGAUGAAAUUUGUUCAUGAUUCUUCUUUGGAUUAUCAUGGAAAAAUUCCUCUUCGAUCUUCAACUGGUUCUUGGAAAUCUGCUUUUUUCAUUAUUGCAAUUGAGUUUAGUGAGAGGUUGAGCUACUUUGGAAUAGCAACUAAUUUGGGGAUGUACUUGGCAAAAGUUUUGCAUCAAGAUCUUACAACAGCAGUUAAGAAUGUGAAUUACUGGGCUGGAGUUACUACUUUGAUGCCACUUUUUGGUGGAUUCUUUGCUGAUUCAUAUUUGGGACGAUACAACACUGUCAUUGGAUCAUGCAUUAUUUAUCUCAUGGGUUUGGCGCUACUCAUUCUAUCAUGGUUCUUACCAAGUUUAAAGCCAUGUGCCCAUACAACCACAUGCACCAAAUCAAGAAAGAUUCAUGAAGUCUUCUUCUUCCUAGCCAUAUACCUAAUCUCAAUAGGAACAGGAGGACACAAACCAGCUCUAGAAAGUUUUGGAGCUGAUCAAUUUGAUGAUGAUCACAUUCAAGAAAGAAGACAAAAAAUGUCAUUUUUCAAUUGGUGGAAUUGUGGACUAUGUAGUGGACUCAUUCUUGGAGUAACCCUUAUUGGUUAUGUACAAGAUCACGUGAGUUGGGGUGCUGCUGAUAUUAUUCUCCUAGGUGUUAUGACUUUCUCAUUGAUUAUUUUUGUGAUUGGAAGGAAAAUCUAUCGUUAUAGGACCCCAAAUGGAAGUAUUUUGGCUCCAAUGUUUCAAGUUAUUGUUGCUGCAAUCUCUAAAAGAAAGCUUCCUUAUCCUUCUAGUCCAAGUCAAUUGUAUGAAGUUUCAAAAGUUGAGGGCAAUAAUGAAAGAUUUUUGGCUCAUACCAAGAAACUCAAAUUUUUUGACAAGGCAGCAAUAGUUGAAAAUGGAGGAAACUUAGCAAAGGAACAAAGUCCAUGGAGGAUUGCAACAGUGACAAAAGUUGAAGAAGUGAAGCUUAUGAUCAACAUGAUUCCAAUUUGGAUAUUUACCUUACCAUUUGGAAUGUGUGCUGCACAAACACAAACUUUUUUCCUCAAACAAGGUCAAAUAAUGGAUAGAAAACUAGGACAUAGUUUCGAGUUUCCACCCGCUUCAAUUUUCACUAUUUCCGCCAUCGGUAUGAUAAUUUCCGUCGCACUCUACGACAAAUUCCUCGUGCCAAUCCUAAGAAAAAUAACCGGUAACGAACGAGGCAUGAACAUUCUUCAAAGAAUCGGUUUCGGAAUGGUUUUCUCAAUCAUAACAAUGAUAGUAGCCGCAUUGGUAGAGAAAAAAAGACUUAAAAUCAUCGAGGCGAAUCCAUCAAAAGGCUCACAAUCAAUGAGUGUUUUCUGGCUUGCGCCUCAGUUUUUGAUCAUCGGUUUCGCCGACGGUUUUACGCUCGUCGGUUUACAAGAAUAUUUCUAUGAUCAAGUUCCUGAUUCAAUGAGAAGCUUUGGGAUUGGACUUUACUUGAGUGUUGUUGGAGCUGCUAAUUUUCUAUGUGGUUGGUUGAUAACAAUUGUGACUCAUGUGACAAUAAAAAAUGGGAAAAGUUGGUUUGGUGCAAAUUUGAAUGCUAGUAGGUUGGAUAAAUUUUAUUGGCUACUUGGAGGGAUAACUACAUUGAACAUGUUUGUGUUUGUGUUCUUUGCUAGAAAGUAUAGUUACAAGACUGUGCAAAAUGUUGCUGUGGGGGAUUGUUAUGAUGGAAAGAAUUAUCAUGGUGGAGAAGUGGAGAUAGUGGUUUGA